AUGGUAGAUUCCUCUUUGUUAGGACCACCUCUUCCAUCCUCCAGCAUCCUCGCCAUACUCACAUCGCGAGGCGAUGGCACCUUCCAUUGGGCCAUUGGGCUCACCGGGACCACUUCCAGCUCAGGAUUCUCGCUGCGAACAUUCCGCAAAUGCCAUGCAACGCAACUGAACGGUCCCGGCUGGGAAUUCGAGGACGUGGAGCAUGACAUCGGAAAGCUACAGCAUAUCAAGCCGCUGUGUGUAGCCGUCAAAAUCGGCGAGUCUCCAUCCUUCGUACUCUGCCACAUUAAAGUCAUUCUCACUUCCGAGCAGGCGAACUUGACUCCAGCAAUACCAGUGCCAUGA